UCUGCUGCCGCUAGGGGUAGCGACGGCUUCUGCGGCCCGGGAGCGCGGGUGCUUUGAGGGUUCGGGAACCCUACAGAGUGGGGACGUGGGGAGGCUAGAAGGUGAGAAAGCCGGCGGGAGAGGAGGGCGGCGCUGGAGGAGGGCGGUGCGUGGCUGACUCAUCCUCUGGAAGAUCAGACUAACAGAGACACACACUAGCCCGCCCCGCCCGCCCGCGCCGCUCCACCUCAGCCAGGAGGCGCCCGCCCGCAUCGACCGCCCGCCCUCUCCGGGCGCUGUCCGGGCCCGGCCGUCUCAGAGAAAGUUUUUCCCAUCGGAGGGGCGGGAGCCGCCGCGGGCCUUUUGGAAGGGAAGGGGGACGGAACAGGAGGCGAGAGCCGCGCGGGCCCGCGGAGUGCAUGGUGCCCGGCGCCUCGGCUGCCUGGCAGGAGGACCUCGGGGCGGGGUCGAGCUGAGCCCAGCUCUUUCUCGCCUCAGCCGCGCCAGAAACCGUCCUCCCGGACGGCCGCAGGGGUCCCAGCUCCUCAGCUCGCCAUGUCUCGGCUGCUGCCGCUGCUGAGGAGCCGGACCGCGCGCAGCCUGAGGCCGGGCCCGGCCGCCGCCGCCGCCGCCGCGCCCCGCCCGCCGUCCUGGUGCUGCUGCGGGCGGGGGCUGCUGGCGCUCGCGCCCCCCGGCGGCUUGCCGGGCGGCCCCAGGCGGCUGGGCACGCACCCCAAGAAGGAGCCCAUGGAGGCGCUGAACACGGCGCAGGGCGCGCGCGACUUCAUCUACAGCCUGCACUCCACGGAAAGGAGCUGCCUGCUCAAAGAGCUGCACCGCUUCGAGUCCAUUGCCAUUGCCCAAGAAAAAUUGGAAGCUCCACCACCCACCCCAGGACAGCUGAGAUAUGUAUUCAUCCACAAUGCGAUACCUUUCAUAGGGUUUGGCUUUUUGGAUAAUGCAAUUAUGAUUGUUGCUGGAACCCAUAUUGAAAUGUCUAUUGGAAUUAUUUUGGGAAUUUCAACUAUGGCAGCUGCUGCUUUGGGAAAUCUUGUGUCAGAUCUAGCUGGACUUGGACUUGCAGGCUACGUUGAAGCAUUGGCAUCCAGGUUAGGCCUGUCAAUUCCUGAUCUCACACCAAAGCAAGUUGACAUGUGGCAAACACGUCUUAGUACACAUUUGGGCAAAGCUGUUGGGGUGACUAUUGGCUGCAUUCUAGGAAUGUUUCCUUUAAUUUUCUUUGGAGGAGGUGAAGAAGAUGAAAAACUGGAAACGAAAAGUUAAUCCUCUUAGAAGACCUAUAAAAAGAUGUAAACUAAUGUACCUCAGUAAUUAAAUAUGCUGUCACAACAUUUAGGAAUUAAACAGUAACAGUAUAGAUAUGGGAUCAAAUAAUUUAGCAUGUAUUAUGGAAAACACUAACUUAUUGUGGCUUGAUCUUGUUAGGACAUCUUUUUAAAAAAGCUGUUUAGUAUCACUUUGUGUAAAUUGUUGAAAUGCUUUUUCAUCAAUAGCAGUCAACAUUUUAUCCUUUCUUUUUAUAUUCAUAAUGUUAUUUAAGUGUCAUUGAUGUACUGUAUUGACUUGGGGUUUGCUUAUUUGUUACUUAACGUGUGUACAUGCAUGAAAGCAUUUUUCGUUGUUCCCUGAUAGUUACAUUUCAACCUUGGGAUUUUUCCAAAUUACUUAAGAUGUUUAAUGUCAGUUAAAGAUUUUUUUACCCUGUUUUUGGGAACAUCAAUUUUGUACUGUUAUGCAGUAAACAUUUAUAAUCAUAUAAUUUCAGUCAUUUUCUUAACUCUCACAUCUAUUGAAAAUGGAUAUAGAUACAGAUUUUAAGUAUUUUAAGUAUAUAUUAUUUUAAUUUUCUGACUUUACUAUUUUAAGGGCCAGAGGGUUAAUCAGAAAGAGCAAUUAUGUGGUCUCCCUGCUACAUGAAGCCAUGUAUACUAACAAGCGUACAAUUUUUAGUUGAUUUUUUUUAACCUUUUAGUUUCCCAGUUUUGAAUAAUUACAUGGUGGAUUCUGACUUUUGAGGGGAAGCAAAUGAUUAUUUUAGAGUCUUUAAAAUGGGGAUUGUGGAAUUAGAUUGAACUAAGGGAUUUAACAUGAUGCUUGGAAAUUAAGAGACUAAAGCUUUUUUUAAAAAAAGGUAGAAAAUAGGAACUGUCAAGAAGGUUUAUGGUAUAAAUGAUGAAGUUGAACUGAUGUUUGAAAGGUUAAUGAGAUACAAUUUAUAUUAUUUGGUAAGGUUUUUUUUUUUUUCCCUCCAAAGAUGUCUUCUCAUCUGAAUGGAAUAAGUCUGAAUACCCCAUAUUCAUACUCCUAAUCUCAUUAUAUCUUAUUUAGUGAAUUUUAUUUAUGAAUAAUUUCUUUUGAAGUGAAAACUAGAUAUUUAAUAUUUUGCUUUUUUGCUACAUAGUCUACUCAAAAAUUACAUGAGAAAUCCUUUUUCCCUUUGUUUUUCUUUUUUCUUCUUUUGUGGUAUUUAAAGCAUAUUUUAGGUUGAAGUUACUUAUUUCUAGUCUUGUACAUCUGACUUAAGUAUAACCACAUAAGAAUUAUAAAUUUUAGUUUUCUGAACCCUUAAAUUUUUUAGCAUGUGGUCUGUUACACAUGCUAAAAAAUUACUCUUACUUGUAACAGCGUAAUUAAAUACAUCAUGGAGGAGAGAAACUUAAAAUUAAAAUAAUAUUUUGGCUGUUGAAAUUAUUUGUGUUGCUAAAUAGAUGCAGAGGAUUUACAGCAAUUUAUUUUAAGGUUUUAUUUAUACAUAAUUACUUUGAACUCUUCAGAGUAGAUAUUUUUUCACAAGGCAAUUUGUCAUAAAUUCUCUCAUGCACUUCAGAAUGAAUAAGUGCCAUCCUUUAAUCAUAGACUUUGAGGGGAGAAAGCAUAAAAAUAUAGCAUAUAAUCUAAAAAUAAAUAUAUAACAUGCACAAAUAAUGUGACAUUCUUACUGAAUCAAAUCAUGAUUCCAGAACUUGAGAUCUUAAAUAGAAUUUCGGUUUGUAUCUUCCAUAUAAUAACCACACACAGAUAACCACACAAAAAAUCCUUUGUAAAAUUUCUGAUUGAUAGGAUUAGAAUGCUUAAAUUUUUUCGGGGGCAAGGGUGGGGUAAAGUGUAAGUGCUUUCUUUUGUCCCUAACUUGUGUAUUGAUGGCAGUCCAUUCUGUUUUCUAAAAAUGUAUUUUAUUGUGGUGCUUAACUUCUUAUUAAUUAAAUCCCGUAUCAGAAACCUUGCCUGUGACUUUAGAAAGGGCUUUUGAUUAUUGUUUUUUCUUCUUGCUCUUGAAAGUAAUCCAGUCCCAGGGAAUUACUGGUUUAACUGAACAUCUCCAGAAUUAUUUAAGGUGUCAAAAUAUAUAACCUUCACAUUUGAAAGAUAAUUUUAAUUUAUGGGCAUAAUAAAAAUUUGAAUCAUUCAGGUAAUUUUCAAAAAAUGGAGACCAUUUGUCUUUAACUGGAGGUAUAUGUUUAAGAUCAUAGUCUACACUAGUAUGGUGCUUUGCACAAAGUGAUUUCUGAAGAAUGGUUCUUUUUAAGAUAAUGACUUCAUAUGAUCAUUGUUUCAUGUUACUUGCCACAAAUAACUUUAAUUCAGGUUGAAACAGGAACCGUUUAUUUCUCAUAUUAGCUACUUCUCUAUUAGGAGCACAAGAACCAUAGUUAAAUGCAACAUGAGCUACUUUAGUACUGUUUGUUUGAAAUUUGUGUUGUCCAUGUAUUAUGAUUUAUUAACUUGUUGAUGCAUGUAAAUUGGGUGCAUUUUGUUGCCAUGUAUGUUAAAUGGUGACCAAUGUUUUUACAAAGGAAUUGAACAAAAAAAGUAUCUUUUAAGAAAUUUGGAAUGUGGUUUUGAUUUUGAAAUUUGAUUUCUUACUAAUCUCAGAGGGCCUUGGUAUAUUCUGUUACUAAAGCAAACAGGAUUAAUGAAUAUGGAUUUGUUACAAGGUGGCAGCAAUGUCACUGAGAUACUGAACGGAAAAAUUUACCACCUCCCUGGAAUCUGUACCUGAGAUACAACAUCAGUGUAUGAGUGAAGAGUGAGCCCAUAGAAAAGCUUUAGAUAGACUCACCUAAGUCACACUGAUGGGUAUUUACAGCAGAGAUAUCCAAGCUGUUUAUGUAAUAGUCUCAUUUACUUUAUUCUUUUUCUCUAGAUCAUAAAUUUUGAAGGUAAGGGAAGUUUAUCUUUUAUACCAAAAGUUUGUAUGAGCCAUUUUGAAGUAAAUCUUUCUAAUUUUAGAAUUAUAUUUUCUCGCCAUCUUAAGACAGUAUAUCAAAUAUAAUAUAACCUUUUUCUUAGUGGCUAAGCAUUAUCUUUAUGUAUAUUAUUAUUGUGUGGUAAUGCAGUACCUUGAGAAUCUAGAUUUUAUAGUUUUCAUUUCUUUUUCUGAUCUUGCUUCUGGCACCUUUUAUCUCUCUAAUCUGCUUUUUUUCUCAGUUGUCUGGACUUAGAAACUAGUUAGCCUAUCUUACCAUAAAUUAUUUGGGAAAUACUAAAAAAUUGGCUUUGGAUCCUGACUGAGAUGAUGAUGAUGAUAGUAGUAGUAAUAAUAAUAGUCCCCUUUUAUUAAACACUUCUUUGUUCCUUUAUGUGCUAGUAAUUUACACACAUUAUUGCAUUUAAUCACCUUAAUGACAACAUUAAGUUGGGGCUAUUAUCAUUAUCAUCUCUAUUUUCUCAUAGCUAAAUUGAGGCAUGAAGAGGUUAGUUUGCCACUACGAAUAAGUGGACUGGAAUCCUAUUUUGUCCAAGUAUGAAGCCUGUCUUCUUAACUGCUAGGCAGUAGGGACAUCAGUUGCAUGGGCUUUGCAAUGUCUGCUCUCUGCCUAGGUUCCUUUUUUACCCCCGGAUUCAUGGAGUCAUUUUCUUAUCUAUAAUUUAAGAAUAUUGUGCUUACAAUCCAAGAUUCAUUUAAGAAAUCUUGUGUUCUUUAUUACAUACUAUGUGCUAGGAUGUUCAAGGCACUGAGUGAACAACCAGAACAUCUGUACCCUCAUGAAGCUUAUUCUUUUGGGGUGAGUAGUAAUAGGGGAAGAGAACACAGAAAAGCAAAUGUACUUUUUUUUUUUUUGAGAUGGAGUCUUGAUGUCGCCCAGGCUGGAGUGCAGUGGCGUGAUCUUGGCUUAUUGCAACCUCUGCUUCCUGGGUUCAAGUGAUUCUCCUGCCUCAGCCUCCUGAGUAGCUGGGAUUACAGGCACGUGCCACCGAGCCUAAUUUUUUUGUAUUUUUAGUAGAAACGGGGUUUCACCAUGUUGGCCAGGCUGGCCUCAGACUCCUGACCUCCUGAGUAGCUGGGAUUACAGGCACGUGCCACCGAGCCUAAUUUUUAUUUUAUUUUAUUUUAUUUUAUUUUAUUUUAUUAUUAUUAUACUUUAAGUUUUAGGGUACAUGUGCACAAUGUGCAGGUUAGUUACAUAUAUAUACAUGUGCCAUGCUGGUUGUAUUUUUAGUAGAAACGGGAUUUCAUCAUGUUGGCCAGGCUGGCCUCAGACUCCUGACCUCAGGUGAUCCGCCUGUCUCAGUCUCCCAAAGUGCUGGGAUUACAGGCGUGAGCCCCUGCAUCCACCUGCAAAUAUAGACUUAAAUAUUGUUUAUGUCAGAUGGUGGUAAGUUCUAUAGAGAUAAAUUAAACAAGAUAAAGAGGAUAGAAAGUACCAGUGGUCAUAAGUGAAGAUGGUCAGUGAAGACCUGAAAGAAGCGAAGGCACAAACAGUACAGAUAUUCUGUGAAGAGAAAGUAUCAUGCUAGGUGCUAGAAAGUUGGUGUUAAGAAAAUCUCAGAUACAUGAAAUAUGUUCCACUUUGGAAUUCAUUGUAAAGUGUUUUCUUUUUGUUUCAUAUUACUAAUAUCUGGAUUAAACCUAAAGAGUAACAGUUAAAUAUUAAGAUUAAUACUUACUCCUUGCAUGUUUACGGACAGCAGUAGGUGAAAAUGGCACAGAAGCGUGGGGAAGCAACCCUAGAAUUCAAAAAAGUCUGUAGAUACUCCCAUCAGCAAAUCAUUUACAGUUGACUCUUGAACAAUGCAGGGAUUAGGGACACCAACCCCCUGUGCUGUUGAAAAUCUGAAUACAACUGUUUACUCUCUCCAAACUUUACUUAUAGCCUACUAUUGGCUGGAAGCCUUUCUGAUAACAUAAACAGUAGAUUAACACAUAUUUUGUAUAUGUAUCAUAUGUUGUAUUAAAAUAAAGGUAGAAGAAAAAUGUUAUUAAAAUCAUCAGGAAGAGAAAAUACAUUUACUAUUCAUUAAGUGGAAGUGGAUCAUGAUGAAAGUCUUCAUCCUCCUUGUCUUCACGUUGAGUAGGCUGAGGUGGAGGAGGAAGAGGAAGGAUUGAUCUUGCUCUUAGUGGUAGUAGAGGUGCAAGGGGAAGUAGGAAAGGCAGGCACACUACGUGUAAUUAUGAAAAUGCAUUGUAACUUCGGUCUGAUGUUUUGCUUUUUUUCAUUUCUCAAAAUAUUUCUAUAUAUGGUAUUAAUCCUUCUUCCACCAUUUGCUUUAGUUUCAGUGCCUCUGUGAUAGAAGGGUUCAUGUUGUAAAAUCAGUCUUGAAUAAUCAGAACACUUCUACCAGAUUGUCUAAUGUUGAUUUGUUUUCUGGCAAAUGUCUUCCUCCUCAUUCUGUGGCACUGAUUCAGAGGCACUCAUCUCCAGAAGCUAAGCUUUUGAUUCACUCCAGGAUUCAGAUCUUGAAACUUUUUACCCUCCAUCAUUUAUUUAUUUAUUUAUUUAUUUAUUUAAUUUGACAUAUCUACAACCUCUUUCACGAUUUUCUUGACUGGCUCUGUUGUAAAUUCUGUGAAGCCACACACAACAUCUGGUUGUUUCCCUCAGCAGGAAUUUAUUGUUUUGGGCUUGAUGGCUUUCAUGACUUCUGUAGCAUCAAUGGCAUCAUCAGUGGUGGAAUCCUUCCAGACUUUGAUGAUGUUCUCUUUGUUAGAGUUCUCUUGCAUGGCACUGAUGGUUCUUUGCAUAGAGUACUGUGUGUAAUGAGCCUAUAGGUCCUUUUGACUCCCUGAUCUAGAAACUAAAUUAGAGACAUUGUGUUUGGGGGCAAAUAGAUCACUUCGAUGCCUUUAGUAUUGAACUCAUGGAGUUCUGGGUGGGUGGCCAGGGGCAUUGUCCAGUAUCAAAACAACUUUAAAAGGCAGUCCUUUACUAGCAAGGUACUUCCUGACUUCAAAGACAAAACAGCAAUGGAGCCAAUCCAGAAAAAGGGUUCAUGUUGUCCAGGCCUUCUUGUUAUACUGCCAGAAGGCUGGCAGCUGGUGUUUAUCUUUUCCCUUCAAGACUUGGGAGUUAACAGCUUUAUAGAUAAGUGCAGUCUUGAUCGUAAACCCAACAGCAUUUGCAAAAACCUAUAGCAUUAGCCUGUCCCUUUCUGCCUUAAAUCCUGGUGCUCACUUCUCUUCUUUACUAAUAAAUGUUCUUUGUGGCAUAUUAUUAUUAUUUUUCCAUAAUAGGGCACUUCUGUCUGCCUUAAGAACCUGUUUUGGUAGAUAUCCUUUCUCCUCAAUGAUUUUCUUAAUGGCAUCUGGGAACUCAUUUGCUGCCUCUUGGUUAUCAGGAGCGGCCUCUUCUGUUACCUUAAGAUUUUUAAAGCCAAACUUCUUUCUAAUAUUAUCAAGCCAUCCUUUGCUAGCAUUAAAUUCUCUAGAUUUAGAUCCUUCACCUGCCUUUUGCUUUAAAUUGUCAUAUAAUGACCGCCUUUUCUCCAAUCAUAUUAGAGCCUGUAGGUAUGUCUUUCUUGUAGCAAUACUGCACCCACAUAAAAGCUGCAUUUUUAAUACGAGAUAAAAAGGUAUAUCACAAAAAGUGUAAGGUUUGCUGGUAUAGAUGCAGUAAUGGCUUCAUAAAUUUUCUUAAUUUUUUUUAACAGUGGUCUUUAUGUUGGAUUCAUUUAUCUUGAAGGAUGGGCAACUACAGCUGCAGACCAGUACACAUCAAGCAAUUUAACUUUUUCUUGUAAUGUCAUGACUUUGCUCCUUGGGAGCACUUCCAGCAUCACUAGUGGGACUUCGUAUGGGUUCCCUGGUAUUAUUGCAAGGUUUAUGGUUGUACUAAACAUGAUGAAAAAUAACUGAGAACACGAGAGAUCACUUUUUACUAUGAUACAAGAUUUACUGGAGAGAUGAACUGCCCAUGUGGAGAUGAUAAACAUCAUGUGGCAUUUUAAGUGAAUACAGCACUUGAGCUCACAGCAAUAGCAACAGGAGGUAGCUCUGAAAUUAUGGUAGUAGUGCAGUAUGUACUAUAGUUAAUCUUAUCCAGUUGUAAUUUAGUACUGCAUCUUUAUGUUUGUCUCAACUGCCAAUGGCUCCAAUGUAUAGUCUGUGUAUGCAUAAGUUUUGAUAAAUUUUAACUUUUUUUUUUUUUUUUUCGAGAUGGAGUCUCGCUCUGUCACCCAGGCUGGAGUGCAGUGGCACCAUCCCGGCUCACUGCAACCUCUGUCUUCUGGGUUCAAGUGAUUCUACUGCCUCAGCCUCCCAAGUAGUUGGGAUUACAGGCAUGCAUCCCCAUGCCCAGCUAAUUUUUGUAUUUUUAGGAGAAGCAGGGUUUCACCAUGUUGGCCAGGCUGCUCUCAAACUCCUGACCUCAGGUGAUCACCUGCCUCGGCCUCCCGAAGUGUUGGGAUUACAGGCGUGAGCCACUGCGCCCGGCCAAUUUCAACUUUUUAUAAUAGAUUUGUAUAUAUUUAUGGUAGUAAAUGAUAAAAUAGACUAGUGUCUACAUAUAUGAAUUGAUGACACACCUUUUUCUUAGUUUUUCAAUAUUUCUAAGCUACAUGGUGCAUCUGCAAGUUUUUUAAAUUGUUGCAAAUUUCCAAAAAAUUUUUCAAUAUAUUUGUCAAAAAAAUGCAUAUAAGCGGACCUAUGCAGUUCAAACCCGUGUUUGAGAAUCAACUCUAUGACUUCCAGUGUCAUUCUGCACCAUUUCUGCAGUUUAUCACACUUUGCUUCAGGCAGAUUUGGUAAAUCUUCAAUGAUAGUUCUCUAGGCCAUUGUUUUGUAACAUGAUGAAAUGCUUAAUGGGAAAUACAAUAUGUAUAUACAUUCUCUGUCUACCAACUACCAAAGAAACAAAUACUCCUCAGUUUGACUUGACUUAGUAAAUAAACUUGUGUUGGGUUAAUGGAGCUAAUGGUUAUUUUACUUUCUGCUGAAUCUGUUCUCUAACCUUUUGCCCUGAGGAUUAAUAUUAAGUAUAUUGAUGUACAGUUUUUAGAAUGUGUCUGCCCCCUCUCUUCUUAACAUGACAUUGCUUACCUAACGCUGGGCUUAAUAUAACUUUUACUAUUCUCAUAUUUUAUAAACAGAACAGUUUUGUGGUUAUACUUCAAAUUCUUUCGAUAUCAUAAAUCAAUUAUUUUAAACGUUUUGGCCUUAAGAUCUUAACAUUUAAGAACUUAACACUCAAUAACUUAAUGCUCUAGAAAAAUGUUGAUGUCCCCAAAGGGCGUUUUGUUUUUCUUGCUUUUAAAAAAGUUUGUAUAAACUUAAGGGGUACAAGUGCAGUUUGUUACAUGAGUAUAUUGCAUAGUGGUGAAGCCUGGGCUUUUAAUGUAACCAUUACCUGAUUAGUCUACAUUGUACUCAUUAAGUAAUUUCUCAUCCCUUAUAUGCCUGCCUCCCACCAUCCCACCCUUCCAAGUCUCCAGUGUCCAUCAUUCCACACUCUAUGUCCAUCUACACACCUUAUUUAGCUCCCACUUACAAGCGAGGACAUAUGGUAUUUGACUUUCUGUUUCUGAGAUGUUUCACUUAAGAUAAUGACCUCCAGCUCCAUUCACAUUGCUGCAAAAGGUAUGAUUUUAUUAUCUUUUAUGGCUGAAUACUGUCAUAUAUAUAUAUAAAUAUGUAUUAUAUAUAUAUAAAUGAUGACACACACACACACACACACACACACACACACACACACACACACACACACACUACAUUUUCUUUAUCCAGCUUCAGUUGAUGGUCACUUAUGUCAAUUCCCUGUCUUUGCCAUUGUGAAUAGUGCUCCAAUAGACAUAAAAGUUUAGGUCUCUUUUUGAUAUAAUGAUUUCUUUUCCUUUGGGUAUAUACCCAUUGGUGGGAUUGCUGGAUCAGAUGGUAGUUCUGUUUUUUUUCCCAAGUAACUUUUGUUUGUGAAGGUUUAUAUUGACUAUAUCAGAAAUGAAAACUGACAAAUUUUAAAAAUAUAUUUACUAAUCUAUUUAAAAAUAAACCAAUUUCAUGCUGACAA